UUUUACUGCAUUCACUGAUAACACAGAGAUAAAUGCAGCCUGCUGAGUCCAGCAGCUAGCGUUAAUGAGCUCUGGCCAUGACGUCAGAGGUUCGCCAGCAAUCGCCCCACUGUUAUCAAACAUCACUCACCUCUCUGUUAUCAAACACACAGCAACUCAUUCAAGCAAGUUUAAAAUAAUGGAAACACUGGAAGAUGAAAUUCCAAACGUUGAUCUUUCUGAUGCUGAAAACAUUAGACCAUAUCAGUUUGAACCUUUGGCUAACACUAAUGAAACUCCAAGAAGUGCUACACCAGACAAUGAUAGUUCUGAUGUAGAGGACUUUCAGGAUAGACAAGUCAAUACUAAUUGGUGUGAAUGUGGCAUUUGCAUUUCCAUGGCAACUCAACAAGAGUGCAUUUGUUGUCAGGAAAUAGCAGCAAUUAGCGCAGAAGUUGAGGCAGGGGCCCACCAAUGCAUAACAGAAAGUCCAAUAUUUACAGACAAUUGUCUAAAUCGACAUGUUUUACACGUUUCAAUGUAUGAAUAUUUACAAAAUGUGGGACCAAUCGAUGACAAUCCACCAUCUCACCAGGUAUACAGACAUCUUGCCUAUAGACGGUUUGUCAGGUGGAUAUGGCACUUCUUAGGAAAAAGCAACAGAAAAAUAUGA